GCCAGUUAUUCGUGUGUUUUCGUUUCAGAAAAGUUGCCAAUAUCUACUGGCAAAAAAAUCUGUUUUGAAGUAAGGAUCCUUUGUUGACUAGAUUUAGUACAAAAAAAGGAAUGAACAUAUUUCAUACUGCCAAAACAUGAUAUUUAUCUCCUAUUACAGAACUGGCCUCGAGGAAAAACCAUAAGCCUACCAAUUGCAGUUGACCCCCCAAAAAAAAUUAGGCCUAACGACAAUCGGCAAUAGUAUAAGUCACAUGACUAGUCACAUGACUCGCUACAGCUGGGGUACUUUUCUUCUAGUCUGCAGCAGUCACGACUCACGACUCACUUGUCACUAGUCAGCUGAGCCAAAUCAAGUUAAACAUACUACGAUUUCCAGUGUAAUGCACACUCUUGGAGGCUGUGAAGGCCGUUAUUAUCUGAGUUUUUCACUUGGCUAAUCACACAGAAGGCUGUCAAGAUGAUGGGCAUGUGGUCUUGGCGGCACUUGUCACUUUGGUGAUGACUAUCCUCUUUGAGGGCCUGAAAAUUAUUAAGAAUCUGAUCGUGUUGUCACGCAAGAGAAACCCUCUGGCAGUUCAGGAUGACGAUAACCAGGCAGGAGGAGGCAUCGAGGUCAGCCACUCUGACACGGACCUGCUUUCGUCUUUACAAAUCCCAGCAAGCAUCGCUAUGAUUCGGAGAAAGAAAAUGCUACUGUUCUCCCUGGAGUCAUGCAUGCACAUGUUCAACUUUCUCUAUGGCUACAUCCUCAUGCUGUUGGUGAUGACCUAUAGCAUAUGGUUCCUUUUACCGGUUCUGUUUGGUUCGGGGCUGGGUUAUUUGAUCUUCCAGCCUAUCGGUCACCGUUUAACCAGCAAGUACUCACCGAAAACGUCAAAUAGCACCAACGGAGACAGCUGCUGUUACGUGGAGCCACAGCUAGACGGGCCCGGCGUGAACUCCCAGCGGACGGGGGCAGAACCCGAAGAGACAACUGGUCUUUAUCAGCAGCGUGUGUCCUAUUCUGCUUUGAUGAGAAAAGAAAACUGAUCAAAAUGUUUGUCUAGAGAGCAAACCCACAGAUAUCUCAAGGAGACAAACUAAAACAAUGAAGCAUUAAAAAGAGCAGCUACGUUUUUGAGGAUCUGAAUAAGGAAGUCUGUUGUCAUGUAGGGAAACACAUUCUCCGUUUUCUAGUACUAGUACUAAUAUUCCCCUCGUGGACUUUCCGAUGCUCAAGAAAAUGUAACUUUUAAGACCAGAUGUGCGAAUAAUAUUUUAUAAUGAAAACCAAAAGCCAUAGAAGAAGUUCGUCUGAGAGAUGUUUUUCUACAGGUUUACUCUGAAUAGCUAGAAUUUAUUGCAUGCAGAAAAUGUAUGUGUGAGGUUUGGGAGGUGGGGGCGAUUCUUGUCCACAAUUUCGACCUGCCCCGUGGGUAGAGUGGUAGACUCUGUUUUGUGGUUUUGAAAAGUUGGCAGCUAUAGAGUAGGUUGUUUGCUGAGCAUUCUGUGAAGAUCUGGUCAAGGAAAUGCAUGUUGUACAGAAAUGAGAUGAUGAUAUUCAGAUCGUAAGAUACAUUUUACAUCUCUUCGUUUCUCUUUUGGUUGUGUCUGUCACUACACCGGUGAUAAGAAACGGUCAUGUCGCUCAACUCUGACAGUUAGAGUUUAUUGGUAUAUUAGAAGCUGCUCCUCUUUUCUUCUUUGAGAUGUCAAGUUGUGCAGAAUUGUUUUUAGACUUUAAUGAAUUUAUGUAGUUUCUUGGAAACUACUAGUGGAUAUAUUCCGCCUGGGUUUCUCUUUCCUUUAAUUCAUAUACAGCUUGCCUAUAUUUUCUUUAUACUUUGGGUAUUUUAUUAUCAAAAUUAUUUCAGCAGGCCUUGUAGAAAUCUAGCUGUUGGCAUACAAAUUAUUUGCAUCAAAUUUCUGGAGGGGGGAAUCUAUAUCCGAUGGAAAGAAUCAAAUAAUGCUUCCAUCCUCCUCAUCUAUUACAAAAAGUUAUAUGGAAAGCAGGGGUGUUUACAGACUAAUGCUCAUCUCGCAUGUUUUAUGAACUUACAAUUUUUUUUGUUAGUUGGAAAAAAAAGGGUUGGUACCAGUUUGUUUUUAUCUAUUUUUUUUCCCCCGACUGCUGUUGCUGUCUUAUAUUAUAAUCCGUUCUCGUACGGUGUUUGUACUAAACUGUAGUAAACCUCUACUUGUUACUUGUUACUUGUCCUGGGUAACA